AUGGGGAGUCCAGGCUGUGAACACACGGGCUGCACUGCACCUCUACACUCACCUCUCUACAUCAGCCAAACCCACACUGACACGAUGGCCUGGCUGGACGAGGCGGACGACAUCAAACCCCCCCGCAGCUUGCUGGGGCUGCCUGAGCUCAGCUGGCCGGGGGUCUACCUCCCCUGCUACGACAGAUUAGCCCUAGAGGAGAGCCCCUGGGUGCUGAGGAUGACAGAGGCCCCAGCUCCAGCUGCUCCUCCCUCCAGCACUCCGGAGCCGAACCAAGCCAAGCCCAACCAACCCCAGGACCCCCCCUCUGGGACGGAGGGUCAGGUGGAGGAGCGCUGUCUGGAGCAGGUCCAGACCAUGGUGGUGGGAGAGGUGCUGAAGGAUGUCGACACAGCUUGCAAACUGCUGAACAUUGCACCAGACCCCAUGGACUGGAGCAGUAUGCAUGUUCAGAAGUGGCUCCUCUGGACCGAGCACCUGCACAAGCUGCCGCAGGUCAGCAUGAUGUUUCAGGAGCUGAGCGGGAAGGAUCUGUGCUCCAUGACAGAAGCAGACUUCAGACAACGCUCCUCACAGUUUGGCGACAUGCUGUAUGCUCAUCUGGACAUCUGGAGAUCUGCUGCAGCAAUGAAGGAGCGCUGCCCACCAGAGGACAGCAAAUCUGUAGCUGAUGAUAAUUCCUGGUCAGAUGUGAUGCGUAACUACCCCAGCCAGCCCAUCCACCUGUGGCAGUUCCUCCGAGACCUGCUCCUCAAGCCUCACAACUACAGCCGCUGCAUCCGCUGGCUCAACAAAGAGAAAGGGAUUUUCAAAAUAGAAGACUCAGCUCUCGUGGCCAGGCUAUGGGGCAUGAGGAAGAACCGCCCGGCUAUGAACUAUGACAAACUGAGUCGCUCCAUACGACAGUACUACAAGAAAGGCAUCAUUCGAAAGCCUGAUGUAUCACGCAGACUGGUCUACCAGUUCGUCAACCCUGUAUGAUAAAGAGGCUCGGCUAAUCCGAAAGAGAAUGAGCUGAGGAGUAACCAAAGAUAUGCUGGACAUACAGUAAGAGUAACAUGAACUCUGAAGCUCAUUCAUUCAUUGUACUUGAUGUUUCUUUUCAAUUGUAAAGACUGCCUACUGAACUAUGCACUCCUGCCUAUCAUAACAUCGCUCUACUUUAUUAUUCUUAAUAGUGAUUUUAUUUUGUCUUUAUCACUCGUUUGAAACGUAUUUUUUUGGUGUGAUGUUUGGUUUCUAAAAAGGACACACAUUUCUUCAAACUAUGGAACAUUUCAAAGAAAUAAUGCUUAUUUGCUUUCUUGCAGAGUUAGAUGAGGAGAUUGGUACCACUCUCAUAUCCGUACAGUACAUAUGUAGCUGGAGCCAGCAGUCGGUUAGCUUAGCUUAGCUUGAAGACCGGAAACAGCUAUACUGAAUAUUGUUUCUGUGGGGAGCUUUAGGGGUGCUGGUAUGUGAGUUUUGAUACCUUUGGAGUAGGCAAGGCUAGCUGUUUCCACUCUUUGUGCUAAGCUAAGCUAACCAGCGGUUGGCUCAAGCUACACAUUUAACAUACAGCACAUGUGAGUGGUAACAAUCUUCUCAUCUAAGUCUUGGCGAGAAGCAAACGCCUAUUUUCCCCAAAAUUUCAAACAAGUCCUUUUAAUUUUUCUUUUGUUAAUCCCUUUUAAGUGUCAGAAUAUUUAGAAGUUGCAGAGCAAUGCCAAAGUAAGUGAAUAUUUUAUUG